AUGGCGCUGUGGCCACGGGUGUAUACCCGCAAGAAGCGGGCUUGCGAAAGGCUUAACCUAACCCCGACGCCAGGCUUAGGCGCUCCUGCGAAGGUGGAGGUCCCCUCGGGGCCUGGCCUGAAAGGAAGUGGCAAAGUGCACGACUUGGCGAGGAUCGAGGAGAAGGCUGAGCAGAGCAGGCUGGGAGGUGGCGGCCCUGGGCCGCUGAGCACUCAAUUAAGAGUCUCAGGAGAGAAAAGCCUGCAAGAAAAUAGCACGAGUGAAGAGACUCAGGCCGGGAACAUCGCUCCAUUGAUUGAGUCAGUGACAGAUAACCUGCAGGUUAACAGUAGUUCAUCAAAUAGUGAACUAGUAUCAGGAUUAAGUUGGCAGCAUGUUCUGAGUUGUUCAGUCACAGACUCUUACACAGAAUAUAGGAGUUCUGAAGAAAGGUUAAGUAGCUUCCCAUCACCUGAACUCUUCAGAGGAGCAGAUCAUUUAGAUUGGGAGUGUCCCAAGUUGGAAGAACACAUGCUAUACAAGAACUCCACUCUUCUGGAUACCAGUAAAGCAGUAGUAAUAGAGGAGGCAGCACAGUUUUUAAACCUCUCUACAAUUUUAGGUACCUCUUCAGAAGACUAUCAGAAAUUCCAUAGACGAAAAGUGAUGAAAUUAGCAGAUCAAAAUAUUUCUCCAAAGCCAAAGAAUACUUCAAAUCCAGAAUCAGACAGUGCAACUUGUGAAAUUUUACUUGCUGAGAAACUUUAUCCUUCAACCUCUGAAAACCAAAACAAGAAAAAAAACAUAAAUUCCAGUACUCCUGAUAAGAAAAGCAGAGGCCUAUUAACAAGUACUCCAUCUUCCCAAACAGCUGGUUUAGUGAUUGAUUUGUCCCCAGUUAAAAAAGCAUCUUUUGAAGAACUAUUUCCAAAUAUCAGCAGCUAUAUUAAUUCAAAUGAAAUUGUUCCUGUGUCAAGUUUGCAAGAAAAUUCUUCAAAUAAGGUUCCUUCAAAUCCAUCAGAAAUAUGUUGUAUUAUUAGAGCAUCACCAGGAACUAGACAAGUGAAAAGUAAAGGCAUUGUUUUAAAGAAGAAAUAUUCUCCUCCCAAAGGUAUUCCUCAAGAUAUUAUAAUAAAAACAAGUGGCAGGAUGUAGCAGCUGUGGCUGAAUUUUCACUGCUUUGAAGAUAUGAACGUCAAGUCAAAACCCAUAAAGCACAAUGUCUGUCUGAAAUUAUAUGAAAUUAAAAAAUUUAAUUA